AUGGAACCUGCACUUUGUCUUGAAUUAAAAACAAUUGUAAAAGCUCUAAGCAUUCCAGGAAAAGGGAUUCUAGCGGCUGACGAAUCGCCCGCUAGUUUAGAAGAGAGAUUUCUAAAUAUGAAUUUGGAAAAUACAGAAAUUACUCGAAGAGAUUACAGAGAAAUGUUAAUUUCAACUGAAGAGGCAGAACUUAGUCAAUAUAUAAGUGGAAUUUUAUUUCACCACGAAACUUUGUAUCAAAAAACGAGUAAGGAUGAGCAAUUUAUUGAAUUUUUGCGCGAACAAAAUAUUAUAAUUCCUGGAAUAAAAGUCGAUAAAGGUUUGGUGCAUUUAUUUGGAACCGAAGGAGAAAAUGUAACUCAAGGUUUAGAUGAUCUAAAGGCAAGAUGCAUUCAGUAUAAAAAAGAUGGAUGUCAUUUUACAAAAUGGAGAUGUGUUUUUACUAUUUCUGAUAAUUUACCAAGUCACAUGGCUAUUGAAACCAAUUGUCAUCUUCUCGCAAGAUACGCAACAAUUUGUCAAAGUGCCAGAUUGGUUCCUAUUGUUGAACCCGAAAUUUUAACUGACGGUAAUCACUCAAUUGAAAAAUGUCAACUGGUUCUAGAAGAAAUUCUGUCAACUUUAUUUCAUAUUUUUCAUAAAUAUAAUGUUUAUUUGGAAGGAAUUAUUCUUAAACCAGCAAUGGUUCUGCCAGGAAACAAAACCGAAAUUCGCAGUCCCAAGAUAAGUUUUAUUUGAAUAAAAUGUUUAAUAACAGGGUUGCACAGAUCAGAGAAGUCAGGAAAUUCAGGGAAAAGUCAGAGAAAGUAGAAUUGGUCAGGAAAAUCAGGGAAAAGUCA